AAACCUUUCACUCUUUCUACUGACAACAAAGAACUAGAGAAAACUAGCUAUAUGAUGAUCUUUAACUGGGUGCAGAGAAAGCUGCACCAAAAUGUCAUCAAAGAAAUAGAUGGUGUGGCGAAAAACGAGAAAAAGAAGACAAGCGAGGGAACAAGUGAGAUAGAGAAAAACACGAACGCUAUAUUGGAUCAAGUUGGGUUAGUGGAUGCUCUUGAUAAUUGGUUCGAUGGAGUUCUCACCAUCGGCACAUUUGGUUUCGACACCUUGAACUUUAAAGAAACAGAUGAAAAAGAUGAUGAUGAAUGCGGGAGUGUGGAUCUCGACUAUGUCGUAAUCGAUGGUAGCAUCAUCAAGAACGUCGACCAGGAAUUGGAUCCUCUUAUCUCCGAUGCAAAUAAGUUUUAUGAUCAUCAUGAAGAUGUAAUCGAGGUAUUGGACACUGAUCACUUUGGGUCGAUCAAAACCACUGAAACGCCAGUUGUCGCUUUGGUGGUCGAGAACGAGAUAGAACCACAGAAGAAGAGGACAACACUUGCGGAGCUUUUCAUGGAGGACCGAGACAAAGAGGUUAACAAGUGGGAGGGCAAGAAAUCCAAGAGCCCUAAUCUUGACGAGGAGGAGGUUAAAUAUCAUAAACCAAACGGGUCAAAGCUAAGUAGGAAGUUCUCACUUGUUAAAAAGAAGAUGGUCAUGUCAAAGUCCAAAGACGAAGAAAAAGACUCGCGUCCAAUCAAGAAAAUGCAUCAGAUGAUAAAGAGAAUGCUAAAGAAGAAGAUCCAUCCAGAUAUAGAUAGGACUAAGGCUUCUAAGAAAGAUGUUCCAUACAAGCCAACUCAGAAAUGUGAAGCUCUCGAGUCACGUUAUCUUCUUCACAUUCAAGAUUGCAUGGCCUAGAAGGCUUAGAGAGAUCGAUGAUGUCGUACAAGAGCAAUCAUUAUUGGAUCCAUAUUGGUUUCUAUAUUAUAUGUGAUUUUGUUUCUCCUUUUCUGUAAUUUCAGAAUGUGUUGGUAUCGUUAAGAAUAUAUGCUUUUUUGUUAUUAUUACAAACAAUUACUAAGUUGUCACUACUAUUUGUUGAAU